UAUCAGUACCCAUCGACACCAGCAGCGAGAAACGUCCGUUUAUCCCGAAUGUCCAGAUUACUAUCGGUUCUGUUACUUGUCACCACCCUGGUGGUGGUGGUGGUGAUGGUGACCGCAUCCCGCGACCCAGAACCAUUCCUCCUUGGUGGAGCCGUAACCCAGUUCGGGGAAUACCCGGCGGUAGCGCAUAUUGUCACCCCCGAUCACGUGAUAUGUGGAGCAGCUGUAGUGGAUGAUCGUCACGUAGUGACGCUAGCACAGUGCGUACUAAACGGAACGCAUCAUUCCUUCAAUCCACGACUGAUUCGCAUCAACACCGGUGAUAUCCGGUUGAUGCCUGUGUCAUCAACGCGGCAAACAAGUCUCGGUGCCGUCAUUUAUGUUCACCCGAAUUACAAAGCUCACACGCUCGAGAAUGACAUUGCGGUUAUUCGAGUUCAGGUGCCGUUCCGAUUACCCAGUAACGAAGUGGAACCAGCCAUCCGACGAACUCGGAUUGUUGCCAACGGAGUGACCUGUCAAAUGCCGGGCUGGGGAGUAACGGCAGCGGCUGGAAACGUAAUCAACGCUGAGCAACGUUACAUAGCGAUACCAAUCAACGAUCGCGAUGUCUGCAACAGUGUGAGGCCAUUUUCGCGAGUCUUUGAAAGUAUGAUCUGUGCUGGAAACAUGGUUGCGGCCCAGAACGGACCGGCACCCUGUCCGCAAAGCAUCGGUUCCGGGUUGUACUGUAACGGGGAAUUGACUGGAUUACUUUCCUUUGGAUUGAACUGUGGAGCGGCUAACAAUCCACCGACCUUCACCCAGGUUCGGUUCUUCAAUCCCUGGAUCAACCAGACGCUUUUGAGAACUGAUAUACCUCCCGCAGGGUGGUCACCAUUGGAUGUUUGAGUCUGAUUAAAUAGUUUUAUUGUUUGGGUAAAUAAAGAUUUAUUUUA